CUAGAACAAUGCUUCACAUUCCACUUUGACCACCAUUCAACACUGGACCCACUCACAUCUUCCACAUAUGUUUUAGACUGCAUAAGUCCUCCAAUUCGUUUUCUAGAAGCAAGAGCCUUCCUCUUCAAGCAAAGCCGCGCAACACGAGGCGGGCCUUUGCAAAUUACAUGAUUUCGGCCUUGUAAAAGGGAGCCUGAGACCCAUCACCAUCGUAGAUCAUUGACCACACUAGAUUGACACGACCUCGUUGCACGGACACCCACAAAUCAGGUCCCUCCUGAAUUGCGAAUUUAGCAUUGAGUUUGUGUAUAUAAGCAGCUACCCCCGAGCCACUAUGGAAGGAUUCCCUCAGCGCCGUUCGUAUCCUGGACUUCCAAUGACCAAAACAACCUCCUUCGAAUCGUAUAAUGCGAAAACAACAAGCAUCAGCUAUCCGUGGCCAGCCGACGUCACUGGUAUUGAGCGUAUCGCGCUCUCCGCCCAAGGCGAUCUUCAGCGUGUUUUGAGCGCGUUCUUCGCCCGUCCAAUAGUUAUCGCUCUGGUCUACUCCCAGACCUUGCAUCAAACUUCCCCAGCAUCAGCCCUUGUGCCUUUAACACUACCCAACCCCACUAUCAUCGCGUCCGCGUCCCCAGAAACACCUAUAGUUCAAACACGCCAAGUGCAUCUUCAAUGCUCUGGCAAGAUCGUGUGUACUGCCACCUCCCGCGUACGCAUCACAUCAUCCGAAUGUGCACGCCUCUUCCUUGAGGAGAAGUACGCCAUUGGGCAGAUGUUCCGACGUCUAGAAAAAGUCCCGGCCUUCGAAUUGUUAGCCGUGGGGUCGGGGCCCGUGGAAGAAAUUGAACGAAGUUCAAAGCCUUCCUGGGGUGGUAGUGAUGACAAGAAGGACGAAGAACUAUGGAGGAAGUAUAAACUUUUUAUCCCCGAUUUCGAGUGCGAAAUCAUCGAGGUGUUUCCCUCCAGAGAGAUGUUCAUGGCAGGGGAGAGCUGGCUUCUUGACGAGACAACGACGCCAACAAUGGGAACAACCGGCUUCCAGAACGGAGAUAUCAAGCUGGCCAACCGGUCUUUAUGGCUGCUCCAGAGCGGCAAUUGGCUAUUUGGGGUUGGAUUUUUGUUGAUGAUCGCGUUCGAGGCCGCCCUUUUCGCGAAUGGCCGAUCAUGGUCCUGUUAAAUCCAAGUGGUUAACACUGAUGGGCACUUUUGACACUAUUGAAGUUAGUUAUUCAUUGAAUAUUGUAUACUGUUUAUGGCGUGUUCAAGGCACAUAUAAGAUGCUGGAAUUAU